UCUUUCCACAGAGAGCUGACUGGUAUUUGAAGAAGUUUUUCAUUUCUCCAAGAAGAAUAUGAUGUAUCUGCCUCAAGCUUCACUUCUAUUCUUAAAUACAUUUAUUUUUAUUUCUGGAGAAGUUAUACAAGGUAACUGUGUACAUCAUUCUACGGAUUCUCCAGGAGUCAACACUGUAGAAGAUGUAUCUAAUGCAAAAGAUGAGAGUAAAAGUAAUGAUACUGUUUAUAAGGAAGACUGUGAAGAGUUGUGUGAUGUUAAAAUUAAAAUUACACGAGAAGAAAAACAUUUCAUGUGUAGAAAUUUGCAAAAUUCUAUUGUUUCCUACACACGAAGUACCAAAAAACUGCUAAGAAACAUGAUGGAUGAGCAACAAACCUCCUUGGAUUAUUUAUCCAGUCAGGUUAACGAGCUCAUGAAUCGAGUUCUCCUUCUGACGACAGAAGUUCUCCGAAAACAGUUGGACCCUCUUCCUCACAGGCCAGUGCAGUCACAUGGUUUAGAUUGUACUGAUAUUAAAGACACCAUUGGCUCUGUCACCAAAACACCAAGUGGUUUAUAUAUAAUCUACCCGGAAGGAUCUAGUUACCCAUUUGAGGUGAUGUGUGACAUGGAUUAUAGAGGAGGUGGAUGGACUGUGAUACAGAAAAGGGUUGACGGGAUCACUGAUUUCCAGAGGCUGUGGUGUGAUUAUCUGGACGGAUUUGGUGACCUUUUAGGUGAAUUUUGGCUAGGACUAAAAAAGAUUUUUUAUAUAGUAAAUCAGAAAAACACCAGUUUUAUGCUGCAUGUUGCAUUGGAAUCUGAAGACGACACAUUUGCUUACGCAUCAUAUGACAACUUUUGGCUAGAAGAUGAAACAAGUUUUUUUAAGAUGCACUUAGGACGGUAUUCAGGAAAUGCUGGUGAUGGAUUCCGGGGCUUCAGAAAAGAAGAUAACCAAAAUGCAAUGCCUUUCAGCACAUCGGAUGUCGAUAAUGACGGAUGUCACCCUGCAUGCCUGGUCAGUGGUCAGUCUGUGAAAAGCUGUAGUCGCCUCAGUAACAACACUGGCUGGUGGUUCAGCCAGUGUGGUCUGGCAAAUCUAAACGGCAUUCAUCGCUUCCCUGGAAAAUUGGUCUCGACCGGGAUUCAGUGGGGCACAUGGACCAGAAACAAUUCCCCUGUCAGGAUUAAAUCUGUUUCAAUGAAAAUUAGAAGAGCGUACAAUCCAUAUUUUAAGUAAUCUCCUUCUAAAUUGUAAUGUGUGGUCCACAGGUUUUUUUUGGUAACAUAUAAAAGAUUUUCUAUAGUUUCUCUUUUUACUGAGUGUUUCAAACAUUUUAGCCAAAAUUUAACUAUAGAUGGCAUCUAGGUGUUAAGAGUUCAGUUUGAAAUCUUUAAUUUUAUACAGUUUUAUAGAAGAAAACCUGACUUAGUGUAUGCUCUUACUACUAACUAUAUUAACAAUAUGUAAUAAAGUUUAAGUGAACUGCA